GACAACUCGUACAGUUGUUAAACCCCAAAUGGCAAAUCCAUUAGAAGACCACCGGCGACUCUCGGUGAUUUUAUUGAUAGUGAGUUUAAAUAGUCAGUUGAUUUAAACAGUAAAGUUCACAAUGGGCUCAGAGGAUGUGCUCAAGAGUGCUUCAACACUGGCCUCAUACAAUGUUCUGCUUCAGGUGAUGUUUCGAGUGUUGACGUUUCUCUUGAACGCAUUUACUUUACGGUUUGUGUCUAAGGAGCUGAUAGGUGUGGUAAAUGUCAGGUUGAUGCUGCUCUAUUCUACAUUGGUGUUUUUGUCUAGGGAGGCGUUCCGGAGGGCGUGUCUAAGCGGCGAAGGGGCGGGGCGUAACUGGAGACAGGUUAUCAACCUGUUAUGGCUCACAUUUCCUGUAGGUUGUGUGUGGGGUGUGUUGUUGGUGUGUGUGUGGUGGUGGCUGCUCCAGGCACCUGAUUCAGAGACCAUCCCUCAUUAUGUUCCUGCUGUUGGAUUGUUCUGCUUGGCUGCGCUUACAGAGCUGCUGGCUGAACCUCUCUGGGUUCUUGCACAUGCACACAUGUUCGUCCGUUUGAAGGUGAUUGCCGAAAGCUUAGCCAUGAUUGCUAAAUGUCUUGUUACUGUAGUGUUGGUGGUCUCAACACCUCAGUGGGGGCUCUAUAUCUUUUCUGCAGCCCAGUGGGUCUAUGCAGGGUUUUUAUUGGUUUGUUACGUGUUAUACUUCAUUAAUUUCCUCGGCUCAGAGGAAGCACAGAAGAAAUUGUUUCCUGUUAGUCACAUAAAAGACCUUCUGCCAUCUAGAGUUGAUCAUGAGCCACUUCUAAAUUGGAAGUUGACCACACUAACCUGGAGCUUUUUCAAACAGUCAUUUCUCAAACAGAUACUUACAGAAGGCGAGCGUUACGUGAUGACAUUUUUGAAUGUGCUUAACUUUGGAGAGCAGGGAGUUUAUGAUAUAAUAAACAAUCUGGGCUCAAUGGUAGCAAGAUUUCUUUUUUUGCCCAUCGAGGAGAGUUUCUAUGUGUUCUUCGCUCAAGUCCUGGAGCGUGGACGAGAUGUACGACAUCAAAAACAAGAGGAGGUUUCCAUGGCAGCUGAAGUACUGGAAUGUCUUUUGAAGCUGGUGCUUUUGAUUGGUCUGAUCAUCACAGUUUUUGGUUAUGCAUAUUCUCAUCUGGCACUUGACAUCUACGGUGGGGAACUUCUGAGCAGCGGAGCCGGGCCAGCUCUCCUCCGGUGUUAUAGUUGUUAUGUUCUGCUGUUAGCCAUUAAUGGAGUAACAGAAUGUUUUGUUUUUGCUGCCAUGAGCAAAGAGGAGGUUGACAGAUAUAAUCUAGUGAUGCUGGGUCUGUCAGUCUCAUUUCUUCUCCUUUCUUAUUGGCUAACAUGGGUGUUAGGGGGUGUUGGCUUCAUUUUAGCUAAUUGCUGUAACAUGGCUCUACGAAUCACUCACAGUAUUGUUUACAUACAACGCUAUUUCCUGCAAAGUGAAUACACACCCCUGUGGGGGCUCCGCCCACAUUCCGCUGUCAUCAUUGCACUCGGCGUGAGCUCCAUCCUCACAACCUGCUCAGAGAGCAUGUUCUGCUGUGAUGGUGGCUGGUUGCUAAGGCUGGUUCAUGUUGCCGUGGGGGCGGUUUGUCUCCUGGGUGUGGUCAUCACAGUAUUUCUGACAGAAACAAGACUUGUGCAGUUUGUCAGGACUCAGCUGUUACCCAAAUACAGCAAGAAACAUACAUGAGCUUUUACUUUGAAAGCAGCCAAUGCC